CGCAAGGUGUCGACAACAGCGGUUCUAACAAAAUGGCUGUAACUGACGCAAAUAUCUACCUAUUCGAUGCUGUCAGUAAUGGAUCACUUCGAGGCGUUGAAGCGGCUUUGAAAGCUGGUGCAGACAUUGAUUACGAUCUACCAUACGGCAACAACUCAAACACUAUGACAGCAUUGGUCCUCGCCUCAUUCAAUGGAGAUGUCGACAUGGUGGACCUGCUGCUCCGCCAGGGGGCGUCUGUUUCGAAGAGAACAAGGAAGUCACAAGCUCCCCUUCAUGCAGCAGCGGCAGAAGGACGGAGAGAAGUGGUGAAAUUGCUGGUGCAGUAUGGUGCAACAGUAGACAUACGGGACAACUACCAGAAAACGCCACUCGUGCAUGCAUGUGUCUUCAACCAUGUCAGCACAGUUCGGCUACUACUUAAACUUGGAGCAAACCCUGACUUGAGAGAAGCCGGAAGCCUUCAUGAAUGUAAAAAAGAUAGUUUGAAGAUAGUAGAAGAGGCGAGGAAAACCAAGCUGUUGAGAUGCUGCAACCCUGAGUGUGGCAAACCAGGCUACAGGAAAACCCUGAAGCUGUGUGGCCGGUGCAAGCUGACCCGCUACUGCAGCCGUGACUGUCAGAUACAACACUGGUCUGUCGGACACAAGAAGUGCUGUGGGCAUGACAUGUACUUUUGAGAGCAAGCGUAUCCCUUCGUAAAAUAGCAUGCUUAAUGACAUCGUAAACCUAUGUGUAUACGGAACAUAUGAGAAGACAACAUUUUUCAUCUUUAAUGACAGCAUAAGACGCAUUGUAUAAUCCAUUCUAUGCGAAGCACUGUUUUCAGGCGAUAUGUUGUUUCUUUUUGCAUGAUCUUCCUUUUACUAAAAUGUGUCUUUUAAUAAAGACACUACUAGACACGUCUUGGUCUUGCCUGUUUAAUGUACAUUCUCGUGUUAUUUUACUCAAGGAUAUUUGGCACCAUAACGGAAGCGUCCUUCAACAGUACAAUCGUUGUGUAUUUUUAUGCAUGAAAGUGAGACAGGAAAGAGCAGACACAGAAAAAGCUUGUUGUAUUGCUGAUAUUAUUUACUUGCUUACUCAUCAAGAAGCACCCGUCAAGAUUUCAUACUAUUUUUUUUUUAGAAAUGUACAACAAGGAAUGACGUCUGUCUUUGUCCGUUUGCGUAGUUACUACCAUUGGUAAACUUAGCGCUUCAUCGUUAUUUUUCCUAUAUAGCAGUGCUCGCUUUAUCACUUAAAAUCUGAUACAUUCCAUCGGGUCAUUGUGUAUUGUUGAAUAAAUACAAUGAUGUACAGCCA